GGUACAACUUCAAGAGAAAUCUAUCUCUUUUUAACAAUAAGAGAGAAACAAUUGAAAAAGGAGUAAAAUGGGUAUAGAAAGGAAAAGUAACGAUAUGUCCUAGAAAAACAGAUGUUUAUAAAGAAAGGCAAGAUGAGACCGAUUGAGCUUCUCUAAUAUAGUUUAACAUUCUUAUGUGUGAUACAUAUUUUCGCGCAAGAUUUACACACUACAUAUUUAUUACGUGGAGAUAUCAUAUGUAUAUAUUAUAUAUAUAUAUAUGUACGCAUACAUAUAUAUAUGUAUGAUUAGGGAGUGAUAAGUGAUAUACACGUCACACGAGUGAAUUGACAGUUUAAUUAAUCGUGCCACGAUAUAAGACAGUGUGUUUUGUGUGAAAGUUGGAAAAUUUUUUGGAAAUUUUAUAAAAAAUUAUGUUCCCAUGAUGAUGUAGAAAUGUAAAAUUUCCAUCUUAGUAUUAUAUAUCGAAUUAAAAUAUAUAUUACAAGAGGUUGAAAAGAUUAACUAUUUAGAAAGAACUAUGUUGGGUAAUUAUACUGCCAUUCAACGUCCAAAAGAGCAAGCUCCUACUAAUGGUGCUCAGAAAAUUUCUGAGAAAAAAAUAUCCACUCCAAUGGAACACAAUUUAAGCCAUCCACACAAUGUUUCAAUUCAGAAUUUGGAUCCAGAUCAUUUAACACUCUGGCAACAUCCAAUUACAACAUUACAUUAUUUUUUUAGCGAAGUGUUCAUUAAUAUACUUAGUUUAGUGAAGAAAACUUUGCUUUACAAACGAACAGUAUGCACUAUAAUUUCAAUUAUGUUACUAUUUCUCCUAUCAGGCCGAAUAUCUGGUCCACAACAAGAGAUUUUUAAGUUAUGGGAAGCAAAGAUUAUAUGGUGGUUGUAUUGGAUAGGAUUAGGUGUAUUAUCAAGUGUAGGUCUUGGAACAGGUCUGCAUACUUUUGUGUUAUAUUUAGGACCACACAUAGCAGCUGUUACUAUGGCAGCAUAUGAAUGUGGUACUUUGAAUUUUCCUGAACCACCAUAUCCUGAUCAGAUAGUAUGCCCAACAAAAAUUGAUCCAAUGUGGGCAGUAGGUAUAUUAAAUAUUAUGAAAAAAGUACGUGUAGAAGCCAUGUUAUGGGGAGCUGGUACUGCACUUGGCGAGUUACCACCAUAUUUUAUGGCUAGAGCUGCAAGAAUAAGUGGACAAAAUAGUAAAAAUGAAAAUCAAGAUUUAAAAGAGUUAGAAGCUUUGGAAGAAUUAGAAAAUGAGAAAGAUGUAUCAUUUGUAAUGCGUAUCAAACUAUAUAUGAAGCAAUUUGUUGAGAAAGCUGGAUUCUGGGGCAUUUUAGCUUGCGCAUCAAUUCCAAAUCCACUGUUUGAUCUGGCUGGUUUGACAUGUGGACAUUAUCUCAUUCCAUUCUGGACAUUCUUUGGUGCGACAUUAAUAGGAAAAGCUGUCAUCAAAAUGCAUAUACAACAAUUAGCAGUAAUCAUAGCCUUUAAUGAGGAACUUUUAGAUAAAUUUAUUAGCUUAUUAGCAAUCAUACCAUUUGUUGGUAGAAAAUUUCAAGAACCAUUAAAGAAAUAUUUUGUUGAACAAAAACAAAAGCUACAUGUUAAGUCAUCUAUGGAUGGAACAACAACAAUAUCAUGGUUGUUUGACAAAUUUGUAACAGUAAUGGUCUGCUACUUUCUAGUGACGAUUAUUCACGCACUAGCACGAAAUCAUCAUCGCAGACGAACAAAACCAUCUAUUGAUUAAAACUUAAAAGACAUAGGACGAUUAGAAAUAAACUUUUACCGCAACAUGUAGAUAAAUAUAAAUUGUUUUUAUGGCAAGAAAAAUAAGAUACCUAAAAAUAUGGGGAAUAUAUUAUAGUUUUCAUUUCUGCAAUUUUGAUUU